AAUCAGUCCAUAUCUUCCUUCAAUUCGGAAAAUCCACACAACACAGAUUCUCAUAUUGUAUAGCUCUCAGUGCUUCAGUACUCUUAACGCACGCUUCACGCUUACGACAACCCCCCACCAACGACGAGAACGAUGUCCCAAUCGCAGGACAAGGCGACUGCGCCCAUCAACGUCAAGCUCCUCCUCAUCGGAAACUCCUCUGUAGGGAAGAGCAGCCUUCUUCUCCGGUUCUCCGACGAGCAGUGGUUGCCGGAGGACGAGUCCAGUGCGACGAUAGGUGUCGACUUCCGGGUACACAAGAUGGACGUGAAGGGCAAGAAGGUCAAACUGAGCAUAUGGGACACGGCGGGCCAGGAACGUUUCCGGACAAUCACCUCGUCAUACUACCGCGGUGCACAGGGCAUCAUCCUCGUCUACGACGUUGCGAACCGCGAGUCAUUCGACGCGCUCCCGAAGUGGUUCUCCGAGCUCGAGACGUACGUAUCCAGUUCGGUCGUCAAGAUCAUCGUCGGGAACAAGGUCGACAAGGAGUACUCACGCCAAGUCUCCGCCUCAGAAGGCCAAGCCUUCGCGGCGCGCAUGGACGCCCUCUUCGUCGAGGCGUCCGCCAAGACCGCCGUCGGCGUCCAGGAGGCCUUCCGCGACGUUGUCGAACGCAUUAUGGACACCCCCGAGCUCUGGCAGACCGGCGCCGCGCGCAAGGGCGGCUCCGGCAAGCCCGGGGGCGCGAGCGGGGGCAGGGGAGAGGACAUGCCGGGCAGCAUCGACCUGAGGCAGGAGCCGGACGAGGCGGAGGGCGGGGGCUGUUCGUGCUGAGCCUAGGCUCGCGGUUGCGGCAGGGUGCGGGGGUACGGAAUGCGUGCGCGGGUGCCGUGGCGCGUUAGGUCGGGCUUGCCCGGAGUGCUGAAUGCUGGGUACUGGGUGCUCGGGAGUGUAGCCUGUACCUGGAGCGCGGCCCCUUGGAGUCUAUUCACUGAUGAUUGAUGACAGAUGGCUGGAUUUUCCUAUACUUUGCUCCCGGCGUAUUUUGGACUUUGUACACAUACAUAAUUGCAGCUCGACGGAAUACUUUGGUUGCGAUACCCAAGGUCAUUACCAUCAUGAUGAUUAC